GAUAGUCAACUUGGAAGGUGUUUAGUGUUUUCGUGGUCGCAGUAGACGCUUUUGCAACAUCUUAUAAUUUUAUUUGAACAGUUCGAUAAUUCUUUUGCUGUUGCUGCAACUUGUUGCUGAUCGCGAAUUUCGCCAAAAAUGUCAAGCGGUAGUUCGAUAAGUGUUAUUAUUCUAUUUUUCUCAAUAGUUUAUGCCCAAGAAAAACCACAAGUUUCAGUUAGACCGGGUCGCUACAAUCCACAGAUUUUCGGAGUUUCCGGAAAAUAUAUGCCAGACAAUCGAGGAAAAUAUCAACACAUUCCUGUGCCAUAUGAUGGUGGAUAUGGUGAUCGAGGUGAAAGGUAUUUACACGACGAUGAAGGCUAUCACUUCAAAGAUUAUCAGCAAAACGGAGACUUCGGAUACCGGGAAGAUCACAAUAAAUAUGAUGACGAGAAAGCUCCCUACGCUUCAUCCGAUUACAAUCCAUCCCCAUCGAUUCCUAAUUAUAUUCCACAGGAUUGGCAUCCUGGCGAACAUACUUAUGCUACAAAAUAUCCCUAUAGCAAAGAUGGUUGGAGGAUAAUACAAUUUCAAUGGAGCAGAGAUGGUAAAAAACGUUAUAGUUUUUUCUAUGAGACAGAAAAUAGAAUAUUGGCUCAGGAAAUUGGAAAACUAGCUCAAUUAAAUGAAAACACUUCAGCAAUUCGAGUUGAUGGAUUUUACCAGUAUGAAGGUGAUGAUGGAACUGUUUAUGAAGUGGAUUAUGUGGCUAAUGAACAUGGUUUCUUUCCAAAGGGCAAACAUAUUCACCCUUCAAUAAGGAACGUUUUAGAUUAUCUUUUGAAAAACACUACAAAAAUACGGACAAAGGAAAAUUGAUGUUACUGUUAACAAGUCUAGAAUACGAAAAAUAUUAAAUUUUUUCAAACAAAAUAUGUUAUUGUGCUUGCAGUUGGCUGUAUUUAAACUUAACUAAAAAAAAUACAAACUACUAGAUUAAAGAAAGUGAGAAAUCAAAACUUGUUUUUCUAGACCAUCCAUAAAAAAGGUGAUAUUCACAAUUUUCUACAUUUUGUAAUUUUUCGACGGUAGAGCAAUUUAUUAACAGAAAAA